AUGGCGGACUAUCAAAUGUCCAUGGGUCCUGGUGCUGACGGUCAAUACGGCCAGCCGACCGCAGGACAAAUGGAUGGAUCUAUGGAGCAGAUGAUGUCCCAAAUGGGGGCUCAGGCCGGCUAUGGCCAGGCUGCCAUGUCCCAAAUGGCGGGUCAGGGCGCUUACGGUGGAGGCCAAAGCCAGUCCAUGGAUCAACAGAAGAGCCAGCAGCAGCAGCAGCAACAGCAGCAGCAGAUGUACCCUGGCUAUCCUCAGUCAGCGGGUUCCGACUUCGGGCAGCAGUCGGUUCCUCAAGGCUACCAAGGACAAGGCUAUCCUGGACAUCCAAGUCAAGCGUCGCAAGCAGGCUAUCCCAACUACCACAGAGAUCCUUGGGGGAGAACCGCCACAGGGCAAGGUUACGCCACGGGCUACCCCACCACGGCAAGUCAGCGAGGCUAUCCUGAAGGAUAUGGUCAGAUGGCGCAGCCGGGCCAAAGAGGAGCCGGCAGCGGAGGGUACCCCUCUGGUUACGGCCAGACAGCUCAAGGAGGCUUCGUAUCUGCGCAAGCCGCAGGAGCCCAACCAAGUCAAAGCCAGGGUGGUCACUCUAGGUCGAUGGGCGUAUAUCCGAAUCCUAUGGCACCUAUGAGUGCGACCCCCCAGAGGCCCACGAGCCGAGCACAACAAAGCUAUCCUUCACCGUCUCGGACGCCGACGGAUCAGCGAGCGCCGUACUCGCCGUACAGCCAGUACUCAAGCAGCCAAAGCUCAACUAUGGCGAACUCCUCGGCUUCGAUGAAUCAGAUGAGCGCGGCUCUCGAUCCGUCGUCAUCACCGUCGUUCAGCACGGCGCCCGGUACACCUCUGGGUAGUUCAAGCACUCCCGCCAAUCCGGGUACACCUGGUGGUCCCCUCACGCCGUCGACGCAGCCGGGGACGCCGGGCAACCCGACGACGCCGUCUCCCUCACCUUCGUACUCGCGAGGUUUUCCGUCUCCCCACAGACGACCUACUCCUACGCCCCCGGCUAGCUCCGCAUCACCGAUGCCGAGCUCACAGGGGGUAUCCCAAUCUCAGGGUUACUGUCCGAGUCCUUCCCAAAUGUCGAGUCCCGCCCAAGGGGGCAGUAAUGCAAGCAUGUCUCCAGCGAGCCAAGCGGCCGGUGCACCGGUGCCUAGCAAUCAACCCGGUGGACCCUCGUCGGGAUCGAGUUCACUGCAGCAACUGGAGCAGAUGGUGAUGCCGCAUAUGGGUGGGUCUUCCACCACGUCUUCGACAAAACGGGCUUCAUCCGCCCAACAAUCGGCGUCGUCGAGCGUUGUCGGGAAUCAGGGACCCUCGUCAAGCCAGAUGGCCUACUAUGCACAGGGCCAACCACCUACAGGCCACCCUCAGAGUGGUUACCCUGGUUACGGAUCGUCAUCGCAAUACCCGCAAGGCUACGGCCAACCAGCAGGGCUGUCAUCUCGACGACCGCCUGGCCAAAUGGAAUAUGAUCCCACAGAUCCGUACGGUCAACGAGGUCCACCUGGCAGCGCGGGGAGACCCUCGGAGUAUGGCGGUCCGCCAGCGAGUACGCAGCACGCGUACGAGCAAUACCAGCAACAGUUGCAGCACCUCUACUCUUUGACUCAGACGACGCAUACUGUGACGAAGAUCGCAGAGCUCAACGAUAAACUGCGUCAGCUGCAGGCGUAUUGCGCGCCCGGCCAGCAAGGUUUCUCGACAGGGGAUCCGCGCGCAUCGUACGGCGGCUACCCUGGAGCCAUGGGUGCUCAACCGCCACCACAAGGCCCUAAAGACGAGUCUCUACCGCCUUAUGGAAGCCAAGCUCAACAGCAAUUGCAGCUGCAAAAUGCACAGAUGCAUCCACAGGCAGGAGCUCACUCUCAACAGAGUGGCUAUAUGGGACAGGGACAGCGGUCUACCGGUGGCGGGGGCGGUGGUGGAGCCGGUUCCGCCGGUUCGGCUUCUGGCAUGAUGGUCGACGAAUACCAGCGGGCGAGUCAGUUGGCCGCCGCUCAGGGCGGACUCGUACCCCACGGUUAUCCGGGAGGGCCGCAAGUACCACCGACGAACGAUCCCUACAUGAUGACGCCGGAUGAUUUGAUGACCGCAGGCGAACAACCUCCUGCUCCGACCAGAGGACGCGGAUCGAGAGGACGGGGACGCAAGAAGAAAGAACCUGGCACAGGACGGGGCCGGGGAGCGGCAGCUCAGCAGCGCCAGAUGCAGAUGAUGCAACUGCAACAACAGCAGCAACAGCAACAGGCGCAGCAACAGGGCCCCUACGGUGCCAUGGGACCAGGUCCUGGCGGUCCUACCGGAGGUCCGAUGGCAGGUCAUCCGCAAUACCCUCAAGGUUAUCUUCCGUCGCAAGCUUAUCCAGAACAGAUGCGGCAAGCGAUGGCUGCCGGCCAGAACCCGAUGUACGGCCAGCAGAUCCAUCCCGCGUUGAUGGCACAGCAAAUGGACAGCAGCCAGCAACAGCAAUUGUUGGCGCAGCAGAUGAGUCAGCAACAACAACAACAGCAUCAACAAAUGACCGGGCAGCAGAUGAGUCAUCAGCAGCAGCAACAACAUGCACAGCAGCAGCAGCAGCAACAACAACAACAACAGCAGCAGCAGCAGCAGCAGCAGCAGCAACAACAGCAGCAGCAGCAACAACAACAGCAGCAGCAGCAGCAACAGCAACAAACACAGCAGCAACAGCAAGCUGGACCUUACACUCCGCAAGGGGGACCAAUGUCUGGAGGUUCCUCGCAGCACUCUAUGUAUGGUGGUGAUGGUUCCAAUCAAUCUACUGGUGCUAUGAUGGGCCAUUUGUCGGGCAGUGAUAAUCAACAAUCACUAUCUCAGAUGGAACAGAAAAACGAUCCAAGUAAUGCUGGCCUUGUUCUUGGCCAGAAUCAAUCGGACCUCAAAAAGCCUGACCUCAUGCCCGCAGAUAAUGACCCUUUAGGGGCUCGCCUCCUACAACCGAAACCUCCGGAUUUUUUACGGGGUCCAGUGAAGCCUGAUCACGAGGGUGGAGAGGCUUCAGUGAAGUCGGAUAGCGACUCGCAGAAUCUCAACCUGGACCAACCGACUUCCACCUCGUCUUCGCAGAGCAGGGUCCAACAAUCUCAGGAGUCGAACAAGUUCCCUACUUCAGAUCCGACGGUCUCGGGUCCACCGCCGGUCUUGGAUGAGCCUCCGCUUGCGUCCUCGGGGUCGCUAGGGAUACCGGAAGAAGUCAGAGGUGGUGAAGAAGUCAAGCCCUCGGAUGAGAACGGACAACACACUCCCAUUCCGGAUCCUCCGACUCAGUCUUCAGUGAGCCAAGCGCAACACGAGGCUGAGAAAGAGGUUCCUUCGAUGGGUCUCCAUCAACAACCAGGUGCAAUGUCAAUGGGUAGUAGUGGAGUGCCCCCAGCCGCGCAGUCUCCGCAGCUCGGAGGUCCUCAAGGUCCGACGGCCCAACAGUCUCAUUCCCAACAAUCAUCAAUGGGCUCAUACGGUGGGAGCCAGGGAUCGCCCUGGGGCCAAUCCACCCAGGGCGCCGGACCGCAAUCCGCGUCGUCCUGGGGCGGACCGCAGGCACCUCAAUCUGCCUAUGAUCCAUACCAGAUGUCCUACGGGAGUGGACCAUCCUCCCAGGGUCAAGUUCCUUCAUGGAGUCAGCAGGCACCUCAUCAAGCAUCUCUGCAGACGGCUCAGCCGCAAACCCCGACCCAAGCACCGCUCGCGACAUCGCAGCAGCAACCCUCACAACAGGGUCAUUCCGUCUCAGACGUUGUUCAACCCGAGAAAAAGAAGGGUAAAAAGCGCAAAAAUCAAGAGUCUUCCGAACAGCCACCGUACCCUUUGGGACAAUCUCAGGGACCACCCCAGUUCGGUGGGGAGAGUGGCCCGUUCGGAGGGGAUCCGCAAAGCCAGUCAAACCCUUAUGAGUUUGGCCCUGGACCGGGGGGCGGUAACAUACAGUACCCCCCAGGAGGAGGCCAAUACCCGCCUGGUUAUCCCAACGCUCACUCACAAGGGCUGUCGGGAAACGGCGGGGGCAUUUCGCCGGAGGAGGGCGUCGCCCCGGCGAAAAAGCCGAGGAAGCCGCGGACGCCCAAGGGGCCAGCCCAACCGGGGGACGGUCAGGACCCCACGGCCCCUGCCAAGCAAAAGAAGCCACGUGGCCGCAAAGGCCCCCAGGCAACGGAAGCUUCGGCGGUCCCCAAUUCGAGCACGGGGGCACCAACUGGGACUGCUGGGGACUCAACGGGUUCGAGUCAGCCAGCGCUUCUCAGUGAUUCUACGGAUUUGACGGGGGCGGCAGUUGGAGCCGCAACUUCGAAAUCGAAAAUCACCGCUACCACCGAUGGAAGUCAAGGCCCUAUUCCACCUGUAGAUCCGAAGGACGUUGAUCCGUUGACGGCCGACUUGGCGGAAAUCGAUGCCAGCACAGCAAUCGGUGCGGCGUCGGCAGCUGCCGCGACAGCAGCAGCUGCUGUAACUACUCCGUCGAAGUCGUCUGGCGAAAAGGAGAAAAAGCCCAAGGAGGAUAAACCGGAACCCGUUUCUGCUGAAGCGAUCACCGCCAAUCUCAAGGAAUCAAAGCUGAAGGCGGCCGCUCAAGCUUUGUUCGAGAAAAACCAAAAGAAGCAAAAACUGCCAAAGCUCAGCUUGAAAAUAUCUGCAAAGAAGAGAAAGAAGAAAGGCAGUGAGACGGACAGCGGAGACGAUCUUCCACGGGCACAAGCCCCUCCUGAAGACGAGGAUGAUUCCAACAAAAGACGAUCCGGUCGGAACACUAACCGACAACGGAAGAAAUACGUUGAGAACGAUCUCGAAUUGGAUGACGAAGAAUUCCUCAUGCCGGCCAAGACGGAGAAGGUCGAAAGCAACGUCGAAGUCGUUGUGCAGACAGCGCCCGAGGAUCAAAUGGUGGUUGAUAAGAUCCUUGCUUCCCGAAUGAGCACUCGCAAGGUGCCGAAGAAUCUCGAAAAUAAAGAGGAUGCUGUAGAUAUUAAGACAGAAGUUGACUUUGAGACCAUCGAGGUCGAGGAGUUCUAUGUGAAGUACAAACAUCAGAGCUACAUUCACUGCGACUGGAAGACCGCCGAGGAACUUGAGUUGGGUGACAAGCGCGUUUCGGCGAAAAUCCGCCGCUUCCGACAAAAGAAGGACAUGAGCUCGAACAUCAUGGACUUUCUCGAAGACGAGGCUUUCAAUCCCGACUACACAGAGGUUGACCGAAUCCUCGACGUUACCGAGCACUGGGUACACAAAGACCAACUCAAGAAGAAGGACGAUAAGAACAACAUCGGGUCCGCUGCGAUCUCAACUGACGACAGAAUUGAGUCGAAUCCAAGCGCUGAGAAAUCUCCAAAAGCCAAACCGGAAACCGAACAGGGAGCGGACAUUGAAAAGGACACGAAAUCCAAGGAGGUCGAGGAGGGAGAUCCGACAAAUGACGGAGGCAAAGCAACCGAGGAAGAAAAACCUAUCAAGAAAGAGGAAAAAUGUGACGAUGAGCUGGAAAAGGUCGAGGAUGACGACAAAGUCCAAGAUGCGAGUCCAGUCGAUGAGGUCCAAGACCGCAAAGACGAGGAGGAAAUGGAUGUAGAUGAAUCCAAGAGCCAAGACACCGCGGGGAAAGAUCCUGCGUCUUGCGGCGAAGUUGGAGAAAAAGUCGAGGGAGAAGUUGCCGAUAGGAUCAAGGACAGUGAUGAGGAGAGCAAAAUGGACAUCAUUGAAGGCGGAAGCGAGGACGGCACAGCGAGGAAGGACGACCUCGAUGACGAAAAUAGCAACAGCAACGACAAAGAGAAAUCAUCGUCAGAGAAACAAGAUUCCGGAGCCGACGCGGCUCCUGGCGGCGAGACUUCGAUCAGAAACGAGGAUAAUCCCGAUAUGAAACUCGUCAAGUACUACCUCGUCAAGUGGCGGGCACUCCCCUACGAAGAAGCUACUUGGGAAGUUGAAGACGAUUUGCCCGACCUGAGCAAGGUCGAACACUUCUGGAAGUUCCGAAACCCACCUCCAAAGGAUCAGUGGAAGAUCAAGAAACGGCCAAAGCCCAACGAAUGGCGACAGAUCGACGAAUCAGCUGUAUAUAGAAAUGGGAAUACUCUCCGCGAAUAUCAGUUGGAAGGAGUUUCGUGGCUCACAUUCUGCUGGUACAAUCACCAGAACUGCAUUCUCGCUGAUGAGAUGGGUCUGGGGAAGACGAUUCAGUCGCUGUCGUUCGUGAACGAAAUUGUCAAAUAUGGCAUUCGGGGCCCGUUCAUGAUCAUCGCGCCUCUUUCGACCAUCGGAAAUUGGCAGCGAGAAUUCGAGACCUGGACCGAACUCAACGUCAUCACCUAUCAUGGGUCCAGUGCUUCGAGGAACAUGAUCCAGGAAUACGAGAUGUUCUACAAAGAUGAAGAGGGAAAACGCAUCACGGAGGUGCAGAAGUUCCAAGUGCUCAUAACAACAUUCGAGGUGAUUCUAUCGGAUUGCCAAGAGCUUUCCAACCUUCCGUGGCGCGCCUGUAUCAUCGACGAGGCCCAUCGGUUGAAGAACCGGAACUGCAAACUGAUCGAGGGCCUCCGUGUUCUCAAGUUCGACCAUAUCGUACUGCUGUCGGGAACGCCUCUCCAAAAUUCUGUUGAGGAAUUAUUCUCUUUGCUCAAUUUCCUCGAACCGGACCGAUUCCACAGUCCCGAGGAAUUCCUCGCCGAGUUCGGUGAUCUGAAAACAGAAGGCCAAGUAGACAAGCUCAAAGCCGUACUCAAGCCGAUGAUGCUGAGACGACUGAAAGAAGACGUCGAGAAGUCGCUUGCGCCCAAAGAAGAAACCAUCAUCGAGGUCGAACUGACUAACGUUCAGAAGAAAUACUACCGUGCCAUUUUGGAGAAGAAUUUCACGUUCCUUUGCAAAGGCUCCCAAAGCGUGCCAUCACUCAUGAACACAAUGAUGGAGCUCCGCAAAUGUUGUAUCCACCCGUAUCUGAUCGCCGGCGCAGAGGAACAAAUCCUCCAGGAAGCCCGCCUCAGCGGCUCAGUCGACUACGCCUUGCAGGCGCUGGUACAAGCCUCUGGCAAACUAGUGCUCUGCGACAAACUCCUCCCAAGACUCAAGGAGGGCGGACAUCGCGUGCUCAUCUUCUCGCAGAUGGUCCGCUGUCUGGACAUUCUCGAAGACUAUCUGAUCCACCGGAAGUAUCCGUACGAACGGCUCGACGGACGAGUUCGGGGCAAUAUGCGUCAAGCCGCCAUCGACAGAUUCUGUAAGCCCGACUCCGACCGGUUCGUGUUUCUGCUAUGCACCCGAGCCGGCGGUCUCGGUAUCAAUCUGACGGCGGCCGACACCUGCAUUAUAUUCGACUCCGAUUGGAACCCCCAAAACGACCUACAAGCUCAGGCUCGUUGCCAUAGGAUCGGACAGCAGAAAAUGGUGAAAAUCUACCGACUCAUCUGUCGUAACACGUACGAGCGAGAGAUGUUCGACAAGGCUAGUCUCAAACUAGGCCUCGACAAAGCGGUGUUGCAGAGCAUCCAGAAAGAGGGAACCAGCGGCAGCGGCGGUCAAAUGUCGAAGCAGGAAAUCGAAGAACUCCUGAAAAAGGGAGCCUACGGAGCCAUCAUGGACGACGACAACGCGGGGGACAAAUUCUGUGAGGAGGACAUCGAUCAGAUCCUCUCGAGACGAGCGACCACGAUCACCAUCGAGUCGGAGGGCAAGGGCAGCACAUUCUCGAAAGCGUCAUUCGCGGUCAGCAACAGUCGAUCGGACAUCGACGUAGACGAUCCGAACUUCUGGGAGAAAUGGGCGAAGAAAGCCAACCUCGACGUCGAUACGCUGAACAAAGGCGAGGAAGAACGAUUGAUACUCCAGGAACCGCGGCGUCGAACGCAGGUGAAGCGCUUCGGUGCCAACGAACCUGUCGCGGGAGAGCUGAGCGACAUCGAUUCGGACGACGACGGCGACGGUGGGGGCCGGAACCGUCGAGGCGGCAAAGGCCGUCGAAGUCACUUCGGCGAAGCCGAAGACGACGAAUAUCUCUGCGAGAUCUCCCCUGGCAACUGGACCCGGUCGGAGUGUUCGAACGUAGAGAAAGGACUUCUCACCUACGGCUGGCAGAGAUGGUCCGAAUGCAUUGCCCUGAGCACUUGGAGACGGCCCGUGAAUCCGGCCCAAGUGGAGCACAUAGCCCGCGUUAUCUUGCUGUUUUGCGUACAGUGUUACAAGGGCGACGAUAAAAUCAAGGCAUUCAUUUGGGACCUCAUCGAACCACCGAAUUCCAAUGUGCACGCACACCCAGGAGUCGAGGCGCCGAGCAAACGCGGCAGACCGCCAUCGAGACGAAUGAGGAAUCACUCUGGACUCUCGGGCCCUGUACACCGGGGCAAGAAGUCCAAGAGGGGUCUUAACGGGCUCGAAAUGGCCGAAGAAUCGGCCGCAAAGGACACCCUAGACCAGGAGGAGGGCGAUAGGGUGAGAGAUUGGGCUCGAAGCGAAGAAUUCGACACAGAGAACCUGAUCAACGAUGAAGUCUAUCGCAAGCACCUCCACCGGCACGCAAACAAGGUGCUGCUCCGGAUCCGGAUGCUUUACUACCUACAAAACCAUAUCCUCGGGGAGCCCCUCGCACAGAAAAUUCUCAGCGGCAAUAGCGUCAGCCAUGAAGAAAUCGACUCGAGUAUGAUAACAGUGCCCAAUCCCGACGGUGAUCCCCCUGCCCCGUGGUGGACGGAACAGUGCGAUAAACAUCUUCUCGUCGGAGUGUUCAAACACGGCUACGAACGAUACGCUCAAGUUAGACAAGAUCCCGAGCUCGUGUUCAAUUGCAUCUGCGCGCCUUCCGGAGCCGAGAAGAACAACAAUACGAAACUCGGCAAUUUCGACGAUCUCGAAGACGAGGGCGAUACUCAGGACAACAGCCAGGAGGGUUCGGAUUCUCUCAAGGACAAGAAGAAGGCCAAGAAACGUAAAAACGACGAUGAUGAUCUCAAAGACGAUGAGGAAAAAUCCAAGGAAGCGACCGCGGCGUCGACCACCGCCGGUACGACGACGCCGACUGCUGCAACACCCGCAGCCGAUGACGACGAGGAAACUGUCGAAAUCAAGAAAGAGGACGAUGCGCCGGCCGAGACACCCGCUGAGCCAGAGGUGGACGAAGAGAAAACUCAAGAGGAAGGUCCCACGAAAGUCCUUCCCAGUACCAAUGACCUCAACCAGCGUGUGCGUCGACUUGUGACGGCCUAUCAGCGAGAGCACAAACGAAGAGAACUCCUCGAACUGCAAAACACUAAUAAAAUGGUAAGGCGAGACCGGCGUUCGGAUAGGUUUGACUCCAGAACGAGCUCAACAAAUAUGCUCGGACGUCCCAUGCUCACCUCGAAACAAGCAUUGUUCACGGGAGCCCUGGUGGCUGCAGCCACCGGACAAGCUCCGAGGUGGUCGCGAAGGGAAGAGUCAGAGUUCAUCCGAACCCUCUCGGUGUACGGGGUAGAUUACGAUCCGGAAAAAGAGGAGUUCCGCUGGGAGGCCUUCAGACGGGUCGCCGGCAUCGGCAAGCUGGACAAGAAGAGCGACAUCCAGCUGACGCUCUAUUACAUGGCUUUCAUGUGCAUGCUCAAGCGUUGCAUGAAUCCUCGAGCCAAGACGACAACAGAGGAAGAACAAGCCGCUGCCGUUCAUUCGGUCGAGGCGAUGUCCGAACAACGAGCGUCCAACAUUUACCAUCGGGUUGAGUUCCUCCGUAAGAUCCGCGAAAAACUGACGCCCACCCCAUUGAGCAUCGCAGCUCUCAAGGAAAGGUUGCGCACGAGAUGCGAACCCGACCCGGAGCUCCCUGAGUGGUGGGUGUGUGGACGUCACGACGCCGAGCUGAUCGUCAUCGCAAAACGUUAUGGCCUCGCACAUCUCGACUACGCAAUGAUGUGCGACACGACCGUGAGCUAUCUGAACACGCUCAAAGAACAUCUGAAGAACGCGGCCCUACUCAACAAGAGCGGUAGGAACAAUCAAGCCACUUCGAACAAGUCUUCCCGGAAGGAGAAUCCUCCAUCGGAAGCGAAAGAACAAAAGCAUGAUGAGAAUACGGCUCCGGACGGAAGCAAGGACAAGAGCAAGACCGCCAGUAGCAGCUGUAGCAACAACAAUAGCAGCAGCAGCUGCAGCGAGAACGCAGACGGCGAAGAAUUGAAGGAAGACGUCAAGGAGUCUUUGCAGAAGAACAACACCGAAACCGAAAGCAGCCCCAAGGAGGCUGACCAGGAAGCCGUAGAAUCGAUGGAAACCGAAAACAUCAAAGAAGAAAACAAUCCAUCCGACGAUGCCACAGAGGUCAAGGCCAACGGAGAAGACCAGACAGAAACAGCUGGAUCUACUGCUACCGAAACCACACCCGCGUCGACAGCCGCGCCGGCGUCUCAGAGAGACGAAUCUCCCAAGUCCGACAGCACUGAACCUUUGGACGAGUCGGAGGAGAAAGAUCAGGCGACAACAUCAGACGCGAAAGCGGACAACGUUGAAGAAUCGACGAGCAACAACUCUCAGGAUGACGUAGAGAUGAAAGACGAAUCAGAAGAUCAAUCAUCGAGCAAGCAACAGGUCGAAAAGCAAGCAGAAGACAAUGUUGCAACGAAAGAUUCACCGAAAUCGCCUGAAAUCGGACUCGAUGACCAGGCGAUGGACGUAGACAUUGAGAAGGAGAAGACCGAAGAGACGAAAGAGCCUGUUGAAGAGGAGGACGAAAAAGAUCGGAAGAUCAAGGAAGAGGACAUUGAUGACAUUGAGAAGGCAGACAACGAUAAAGACACCACGACCACAAGCAAGGCGACGACCACGACCACCGCCGUCACCGCCGCCACCGCCUCAUCGGAAACCACAGCAACGACAGACGCCGCAGCCAUCUCGGAUGCCGAGGAAACGGAGAAACAAAGUCCACAGAAGGACGAGGAGAAAUCCUCGAACACCGACGAGGAUCUCAACGACAGCACCGGCAGCAAAGCCAAAUCAGAUCCGAUCGACACUCGUAAAUCGAGCAAACGAAAGCGAGACGAUCGGGACGAACAGAAGCCAUCGAAAGACGAAGAGAAGCCCGUAGCGAAGGAAGAAGCCAGCGAUGCCAAGCGAGAGAAGCUCUCACAGAACGGAACACCAGAAUCUGAGCCCGAAUCUUCGAGUAGCAUUCUCACCCCCCAAGAGAUCGCAGCGAUCGAUGCUCUGGACGCGCAAGGUGUAGCGAAGCUCGUAGCCAAGCAGCCUUCUCUAUGGCCGAACGACAAACUGAUGCGCAAGCGACUCGAGUUGGUCGUGCAUGCGGCCGAGCACGGUCAAUGGCCCGAGCAAGUCGCGGGAAUUCUUCUCGUGGAUCCCGAGAAACUCGAGGAAGAACAGCGCCAGCAACAAGCUGCAGCCCAACAACAACAGCAGGCAGCCCAGCAGCAACAAGCUGCUCAGCAACAGGCCGCUCAACAACAAGCUGCACAGCAACAACAACAGCAGCAGCAGCAAGCUGCACAGCAGGCCGCGCAACAAGCUUCGCAACAAUCGUCGAGUUCACAUCGGUUGGAUAGUCAUUCGUCGCUGGGCCUCAACCUCAAAGGUCUUGAAAUGAUGACCGGUUUCGGCAACGCCGGUAUGAAUGCCGCGAGCAUGGCGGCUCUCAGCGCAGCCAUGAGCAUGCUGUCGAAUCCGACAGGAAUGAAGCUUGGAAGGAGAGGAAGGAGCGGAAGGGACAAGGAGGACGAGCGCACGGCGCAACUCCGGGCCAUGCUAUCGGCCUCGUUCGCUCAACAGGGUAACCAGCUGAAGCAACUCCAACAACUUCUUUCGCUUCCGACCCCUUCAUCCGAGGCAUUGGCAGAAAUGGCCAAGGUUGGCUUACCCUCGCUGGCGGGAGGUCUCGCUUCGAGCUCAGCGUUGAGCGCGUUAUCCUCGGGCGGCUCAAGCAACGCUCACGGCUCAUCAUCGGCUUCCGCACUCAACAAUCCGUCGACCAACAGCAGCAGCGGUGGGGGUGGUGGCAAGGAUCAGUCGGCGAAGAGCGAAUCGAAGGACAAAUUAUCCAACGAUACCCCGCCGCCGGCGCACCAAUCUCACCGUAGCAGUCAGAGCGGCUCGACCGAUAUGCUCGAUCUGAGCAGCCUCCAGAAAUCAGCUGCCAACAAGGAUCAGCAACAAGCGCAACAACAGCAACGUCCCGCGUCUGUCGAGUCUUCGGUGGAAUCCGAGUCGUCUCAGGAGAAGAAGGAACGAUCAUCUGCUUCCGAAGGAGGCUCGGCAGCCAUUCUUGACCUGAGUUCCGCGAAUCCCGUGAAGGACAAGUCAUCAUCGGCAGACCCGACAGACAAACAGGCGGCGGCCGGAGCCCGGGGCGGCACCAGUGGUCGAAGUGGCUCGGGCUCCUCAAAGAAAGGCGGCUUCCGAAUUGACGCGUUGGCGCUCAACUUGCAAGCCAAAAAGCUUAAACAGUCUGGCGGGGGUUCUGGAGAUGGGGACGGAGUCCAGCAGCCGCCUUCGUCCGACGAGGGCCUGCUGUCUCAGUCGCUCUCCGAGCCCCCUCUAUCGUUGCUUGCUCCGAAAGCCCAUCAGAAGCACAGUGGCAGUAGCCUGAAUAGCCUCGCAUCGAGUAUGUCAGCAAUGUCCAGCACUCCUCCGGCGGCUCAUCAGGGCUCUAAGAGUUCCGACAAAACUGCACAGCAGGUGCAGGACAACGCGCUCAAACCGACAGCUGCACAUCAAGCCAGCAGCAGCAAAAGCCAACUUCCGGCAAGCGCGGAUAAUAUUUUAGCUAAGAUGGCAAUGGCACAGGCACAGCUCGCCGCAGCGAACAACGAUGAAUUUCUCCCUCUUGUCGCAGGUGCAAGUUCUUCGAAGAACCCAAGUCUUGCUCUAUCAUCGCUGCUGGGAAUGUUGCCAUCGUCUAUGGCGGGCGGCGCUUCUAACGCGGCCUCGCUAUUUUCGAGUCCAGGCCCAUCAACUAGUAAAGAGUCGAAAUCCAAGCUCGGUUCAAGUAGCGGCAUGGCGUCCAGCGCCGAUUUCAAGAAGAUGCUUGAGGCCCACCCCGAGAUCAUGGCGGCUGCCCUCAGCUCCGGAGCUUCGAGAGCUUCGUCGAAGUCAGACCAACAGGCUUUGGCACUCGCGAUGGCAGCGGCCAUGGCCGGCGGAAAUCCGUCCAUGGAUCUUCUUGCAGGACUGUCAGGAAUGAGCAAUAGUUCAGCAAGUCAGUUGAGUCAGAAAUCAUCGAGCAGUCUUCAGUCAUCCCCGUCAAGCUCAGGAUCAAGCAGUCGGUCCAGCAGCAUCGAUCCGUCGAAGCUAGACCCAGCCAAAUUGACUGGCGAAGAAAACGUGUCCGUCGUCAACAAGCUCACCGGUAAAAAGAUCACCGGCAGUAAAGCGCCACCUCUCAAACAUCUGCCAGAAUGGCUGGAAAGGAAUCCGAUGUUCGAAGUGGAGCCCAGGUGGCAUCAAUUGAUAAACGAGCGAAUGAAUUCGGUCGGUCUGCACGGCCGAACUUCGUCUUCCGCAGCGGCGUUGGCAGGUGCCAGCGCAGCCGAUUCAUUGGCCAGCCUCGGUUCGAUGGCAGCAGCGUCGGCCGCCCAACAGAGUAGCAAGUCGAAAGCGAGAAGUUCAAGCAGUUCCAGCAGGCAGAACCUCUCUAACUCGUUGAGCGAUUCUAAAACGGCCGCAUUGUUCGCCAGCCUCCAGAGUCAGGAUCCGAAAGCGGUUUCAAACCUCCUCCAAAUGGACCCGAAGACGGCGAGUCUCCUCGCCGCGCUCAACAAAAAAGAUUCCAAAGGAUCGUGCGCAGCAGCAGCCGCCAGUCUUCUAGGAGGCCUAGACCCCACCGGCAGCCUCGCUUCGGAUCCGAAGACGGCGGCGUUCAUGGCCGCCGCUGCCGGCCUCAUGCCCGGUUCAGGUUUAGCCGGUCUCGGUGGAAUGAACCCUCUCGCAGGUCUACCAGAUCUUAAAUAUCUCAUGGCCCAAACCAGUUCAGCGUCUUCAAAGACUACCUCGUCCACCUCAGUGAGUCAGUCUCAAGGCAGCAAACAUUCGAACAGCAGCACGUCUGGUGCCGGCGGUAAUAGUGGUGGCGGCGGAAGUAUGGCAAGCAGCAGUAGCAGUAAAGCCAACGCAGCCGCCGCAGCUGCUGCCGCUGCCGCGGCGAACAAUCCUCUGUUCUUGCCGUGGAUGGGCUUGGGCAAUCCCCUGUUCCCGAUUCCCGGCUUGGGGACGCCGACCUCGAGCGCGUCCUCAACCUCGUCGAUGUUGCCCGGGAUGAGCCAAUUCGAUGCGGCGGCAGCCCUUGCCGCGGCUGCGAACGCCUCGCAGGCAAUGCAAGCCGCGGACAAAAUUAACAAAAAAUCCUCGGGAGGAUCGGACAAAUCGAAGAAGGGCGCCUCGUCUGCGUCGUCAUCGUCCGCUUCGUCUCUGAAUUCGAUGGCUUCGUUCCCCUUCCUGUAUCCGUCGGCAGGGUUGCUUGCCGGCUAUCCCCUAGGCAUCCCUGGCUUCUCAGGUCUCACAGGACUGACUGGGUUGUCGGGUUCGGGCCUCCCGUCAAACCUACUCCAACCCGGAGGAUCCGGAUUGCCCUCGUCGAGCUUCGCGUCUCUCGCCAACCAGACGGUGAACGGGCAGGAGAAAGAGAAAUCUUCUUCGAAAAAACGCUCCGACAGUGUUUCCAAGAGGCAAGUGUCUCCCGCGCGUAGCGUCGGUUCAACAAAAUCGUCCGCUGCUCCGAGUCCGAGCUCCAGUAAGUCCGCCACCCCCGUGCCCCAGCCGCCUCCGAGAGACAAGGAGGAAGGCGAGGACGGUGACGAAUCUUCGACCAACAGAGAUUCGAAGGACUCUAGCCAGAGGUCGAGUGACAAGGAGAAGACACCAGCUGCGUCUUGA